UGUCUUUUUCAGGACGAGGAAAACAAUCCCCUCGAGACCGAAUAUGGCCUUUCUGUCUACAAGGACCACCAGACCGUCACUAUCCAGGAGAUGCCGGAGAAGGCCCCAGCUGGUCAACUUCCCCGCUCUGUGGACGUCAUUCUGGAUGAUGACUUGGUAGAUAAAGUGAAGCCUGGUGACCGAGUCCAGGUGGUGGGGACCUACCGUUGCCUUCCUGGAAAGAAGGGAGGCUACACCUCAGGAACCUUCAGGACUAUCCUGAUUGCCUGUAAUGUGAAGCAAAUGAGCAAGGAUGUUCAGCCUUCAUUCUCUGCUGAGGAUAUAGCCAAGAUCAAGAAGUUCAGUAAAACUCGUUCUAAGGAUAUCUUUGACCAGCUGGCCAGGUCAUUGGCCCCUAGCAUCCAUGGGCAUGACUAUGUUAAGAAGGCAAUUCUCUGCUUGCUCUUGGGAGGGGUGGAACGAGAACUUGAAAAUGGCAGCCACAUCCGUGGGGACAUCAAUAUUCUCCUGAUCGGGGACCCGUCGGUUGCCAAGUCUCAGCUUCUACGCUAUGUUCUGUGCACUGCUCCCCGGGCUAUCCCCACCACUGGCCGGGGCUCCUCUGGAGUGGGUCUGACGGCUGCUGUCACUACAGACCAGGAAACCGGGGAGCGCCGGCUAGAAGCAGGGGCCAUGGUCCUUGCUGACCGAGGUGUGGUUUGCAUUGAUGAAUUUGACAAGAUGUCUGAUAUGGACCGCACGGCCAUCCACGAAGUGAUGGAGCAGGGUCGAGUCACCAUCGCCAAGGCUGGCAUCCAUGCUCGGCUGAAUGCCCGCUGCAGUGUUUUGGCAGCUGCCAACCCCGUCUAUGGCAGGUAUGAUCAGUAUAAGACCCCCAUGGAGAACAUUGGGCUGCAGGACUCACUGCUAUCCCGGUUUGACUUACUCUUCAUCAUGUUGGAUCAGAUGGACCCUGAGCAGGAUCGGGAGAUCUCGGACCAUGUCCUUAGGAUGCACCGUUACAGGGCCCCCGGGGAACAGGAUGGCGAUGCUAUGCCUUUGGGUAGUGCCGUGGAUAUCCUGGCCACAGACGAUCCCAAUUUUAACCAGGAAGACCAGCAGGACACCCAGAUUUAUGAGAAGCAUGACAACCUUCUGCAUGGGACCAAGAAGAAAAAGGAGAAGAUGGUGAGUGCAGCAUUCAUGAGGAAGUACAUCCACGUGGCCAAAAUCAUCAAGCCCAUUCUAACUCAGGACUCAGCCGCCUACAUUGCAGAAGAGUACUCACGCCUGCGCAGCCAAGACAGCAUGAGCUCGGACACUGCCAGGACAUCACCAGUUACAGCCCGGACACUGGAGACUCUGAUUCGAUUGGCCACAGCCCAUGCCAAGGCCCGCAUGAGCAAGACCGUGGACCUGCAGGAUGCAGAGGAAGCUGUGGAGUUGGUCCAGUACGCUUACUUCAAGAAGGUUCUAGAGAAGGAGAAGAAACGAAAGAAGCGAAAUGAGGGUGAAUCAGAGACAGAGGAUGAAGAGGAGAAAAGCCAGGAGGACCAAGAGCAGAAGAGUAAGAGGAGGAGGACUCGUCACACUGAUGCCAAGGAUGGGGGCUCCUAUGACCCCUAUGACUUCAGUGACACAGAGGAGGAAAUGCCUCAAGUGCACACUCCAAAGACAGCAGACUCACAGGAGACCAAGGAGUCCCAGAAGGUGGAAUUGAGUGAAUCCCGGUUGAAGGAAUUCAAGGUGGCCCUCUUGGAUGUGUUCCGGGAAGCUCACGCACAGUCGGUGGGCAUGAAUCGCCUCACAGAAUCCAUCAACCAGGACAGAGAAGAGCCCUUCUCUUCAGCAGAGAUCCAGGUUGCGCUGAGCAAGAUGCAGGACGACAACCAGGUCAUGGUCUCCGAGGGCAUCAUCUUCCUUAUCUGAGGAUAACUCAUCUCUGAACUUUGGGGCUGUGCCCAGAAUGUUUCUUUCAUAUUUCCUCUCCCUGCUCCCGCCAGUCUUUGCCUUCAUUUCCUGAAUAACAGUGUUAAUUGAACCGAAGUUGAGGGACACGUGACAAAGCUGAGCUUUGGGAAUGGGUAAUGAAAGCUGUUGUGGGGUGAAGAGAAGAAAGUGGGCAAGGACUAAGACUCUUGUAUCUUCAUUCAUUCAUUCAUUCUCCUAUCUCCCACCCAGAACAAACCAAACCAUUGUUCGUGGUAAAUAACACAUAACCUCUGAGAAUAUGGGGGGAGCACAGCUGGUUUCUGCUCAUCCUUUCCUUGUUGGUUGGCUGUUUUUUCUUUCCUGAGUACAUUGGUCUGGAAUAGUCUUUGGGUUGUUCUGUGCUGCUGUGAGUGAAACUCUGAAGCAAGUUAUGAAGACCAAGGAAGCUUUCUUUUCUGUAGCACCAGUUAAAACUAAUACAUACUUCUGACUUAAAUAUCCAAUACAUUGAAUAAACUUAACCUAUUUUUAUAUUA